AUGAUUCAUGGGUUGAAUAUGCUUGAGGGUGGACAAAGAUUGCCUCUUAUGCAUUUUUCCCCCUCCUUUAUGUUUAUGACCUACAAGAGGCGAUCUACAAAGCGAAGAAGAUCCACUCUCAUUCUUAAUAUUGUGAAAGGUUCCAUCUCAAUACUUUCUAAUGCUGGUCUAGGAAUAACCAUGUUCAGUCUAGGUCUGUUCAUGGCAUUACAACCCAAGAUCAUUGCCUGUGGAAAAUCUGUGGCAGCAUUUUCUAUGGCUGUUAGGUUCUUGACAGGUCCAGCUGUAAUUGCAGCAACCUCAAUAGGCACUGGUAUGCGUGCAGUUCUUUUACAUGUUGCAAUUGUUCAGGCUGCCCUUCCCCAGUGUAUUGUUCCCUUUGUGUUUGCCAAAGAAUACAAUCUCUAUGUAGAUAUACUCAGUUCUGCGGUUAUAUUUGGAAUGCUGGUUGCAUUGCCCAUAACAAUACUCUACUAUGUGCUACUUGGAGUCUAA